AUGGGUAAUGCAACAAAGGUGUUUGAUGAAAUGAUUGUUAGGAACAUAACCACUUGGACUACCCUCAUGAAGGGAUAUUUGCUAAAUGGUGAUCUUGAACUUGUGUUUCGUGUUGCACGUGAUAUGUGCUUGCUUGGAGAGGUUUUCAAUGAGCACACUUGCUGUGUAGUUCUGCAGCCAUGUCGAUCACUGGAAGAUCGUGUUUAUGUGAGCAGCACGGCAGGUUUGGGAGAUAAGACAUUUAAGAACUUUGUAGAUAUUAUAAAAUCUGGGUUGAAACUGAGUGAUUAUACCUUUACGGAUUUGAUCAGUGCGAAUGAUUCAAGUAUAGCACUUGGCAUAAGGAAACAGCUACAUGGGCUUGUAGUUAAGUAUGGUUUUACGUGUGUUAAAGCUCUUGGAAAUGCUUUAAUUACAAUGUAUGGACAUCAUAAAAUGGUCAAAGAGGCUGAGAGUUUGUUGUUGAAAUGGAUGAGAGAGUGCAAUAAUUUGGAAUUUGGGCUUCAAAUUCAUGGACUUAUAGUAAAACUUGGUUAUGUCCUCGAUAUAAGCAGUGGAACUGCUUUGGUUGAUUUGAUUGCUAAAUGCGGAAGUUUGAAGUGUGCAAGAGUGGUUUUUGACAGGAUACCACAUUUUACCGGCUUCUCAGUUUCUGCAAAUGAAGCAUGCAUAGGAGCUGGGAAGAGUCUUCAUGCUUACACUUUAAAAGUGAGACUUGAUGAUGAUACUGCUGUAGGCAAUGCUAUAAUUACAAUGUAUGCUAAAUAUGGCAUGGUUAAGGAUGCUUAUGAGAUAUUUACGUGUAUGACCGCGUGA